ACCUUCCCGUCGAGCUCAUGUUCAAGCACAUCAUGGAUGCGGUCCAGAAGUCGCAUUCUGAGGUGACAGAGCUGCGCGCGGAGGUGCAUGAACUCAGGCAGGCGAAUGCAAGCUUGGAGCGGAUGGUGAAAGAGGGGACACAGUACAACAACGGUUCGAGGCUGGGCACUCCUGGAUUUGUGACUCCCGCCCCUGGUAGCCCUCAACUACGCGCGAAGACCCCCUUCCUCAGCCCAAGCGCGCUUCCCUCCCUGGCAGUCCCCCCGACUUUCUAUGUCCCGUCGCCGCUCAGCGAUAACUGCAAUACCCAGUACUCCUUCGGCAUGCGCGAUAUACCUGGAUUCUAUGUCGUAAUUCCUGCUGGUGGCGCUGGCACUCGCCUCUGGCCUCUAUCCCGUGAAGAACAUCCCAAGUUCCUCCUUGACCUCACUCUUAAGGGUCGUUCGCUCAUCCAGGCCACUUGGGAUCGCCUCCUCCCGCUCUCGUCCGCAACACGGACGACCAUCGUCGCGGGCCCUGCCCAUGUCAAGGGCAUCACCGAGCAGCUGCCGGACCUCCUCCACCACAAUCUGUUCUGCGAACCAAGUGCGAAAGACUCCAUGGCCGCCAUCGGCCUGGCAGCCGCCGUGCUCGCCAGGCGCGAUCCUAGCGCAAUAAUCGGUUCCUUCGCCGCGGACCACAUGAUUUCCGGUGACGACGCGUUCCUAUCGGCGGUCGCCGAGGCAGUGGAGGUCGCGAAGAAGGAUUACCUCGUUACGAUCGGUAUUGCCCCAUCACACCCGUCGACCGGGUUCGGAUACGUCCGUCUAGGCGAGAAAUUGGGCUUUGCGGAUGCGCCGAACGCGCGGCUGGUGUCCAGUUUCAAGGAGAAGCCUGACGCGCGCACGGCAGCAGCAUACAUCAAAACGGGAAGCUACCGGUGGAAUGCAGGCAUGUUCGUGACGAAGGCAACGUUCUUGAUGGAGCUGCUGAGGGAGUACAAGCCCGAUCUGUACGAUGGGCUACAGAAGAUUGCACAGUACUGGGACGAUGAGCCGAUGAGGCGUAAGGUACUGGACGAGGUGUGGCCCGGGCUGGAGAAGAUCGCCAUUGACCAUGCUGUUGCGGAGCCUGCUGCUUUGGACAGGAGGGUCGCGGUGGUGCCCGCCACCUUCGGCUGGGAUGACGUUGGAGACUUCUCUUCCCUCGCUGAUCUCAUCCCGGCCGAAUCGAACCAGCCGCGUGUACUGGGAGACAACUCGCUUGUGCUCACCGAACAGGCUGCCGGGGGCAUUGUCGUGCCUGGUUCUGGGCGCUUAAUCUCGCUGCUCGGCGUGGAUGACCUGGUCAUCGUGGAUAUGCCCGACACACUGCUCGUGACGACGCGCGCGCGCUCUCAGGAGGUGAAACGUCUCGUGAAGAAGUGCAAGGAAGCUGGCUUCAAGAAUCUUCUAUGACACGCCCGCGCGUGGUCGUGAGUCUUCUUGGAAAUUAAGAUGAGGGGGCGGCUUAAUGCUGGUCAGUGUGAGCGCGGCCUGUGGUAAUGUAGGGCGGUGGUGCCUUGGACACGGACUAUCUGUUUUGAAUACCUCUGGGACAUUGUUGCGACGUCGAUAACUAUUCUAGCUUACCAGCUUCAUCUCUCGUUCCCUGUCAUUGACUAUCAUACUACCUGUCACCGUACUACCUG